AUGACGAACAAGGAGAAGUCCAUUGACGCUUCGAAGAUGGUAAUUUUAUCGCCUUACAGGUCGAACGUGGAACUCUUGAACAAAUUGACGCAGAAGCACUGCCCCGAACUCGCCACGAUGAGUCCCGCAUCGACCAUUGAUGGUUACCAGGGCCGGGAAAACGACAUUAUUUUUGUUGUGAUGGGCACCAAGGCCAUAGAUCCUGGUCCCGGGUUCACAAAGAAAUGGUCCCAACUCAACAUCCUCCUGACGAGGCAGCGAUGCGGUCUCGUUAUCAUUGGCGACAUCAACGUCGUCGGGAAGAUGAGCCCGAAGGCCUUCGGCACCAAGCCUCAGCUGGACCUCCCAGCUCUACCGGAAUUCACAUUGCCGAAAACCCCGCAGUACAUCUCGAAGGGCAUCGCAGGGACCAGGGGAAACACGGCGCGUGAACAACACCAGGUCUGGCUUUUGUUAUGGAAGAGUGGCAGGGUGGUGACCAUGUCUGGCAAAACAGCCGCGAAUGAUGGCAGUCACGGCAUCAAGAAAGAACAUUCUGCAUCUCCGUGUAGCUUCUUUAGAGAAGCAGAUGAGGAUGUAGACAUAGAGACUGGCGGGGUGAAGGUGGAGGCGGAGGAGGCAGAGGAGGAGAAGCAGCGCUUAUACCCAUAUAAACAAAUCAAAUAUAAGGUUCGUAUUUGA